UACUCACGUAUCAACCAAUUUUCUCUGAAAUGAAAAAUACCUACACAACAGACUCGUUUUUUUUCCCUAUAAUUUUCCAGCAAUUGGCUCAGUCGCCUUCGAGACGUCAAAGGGUUAACUGUGACGUUUUUUCUCCCAGCGCUGACAGGUGUCCCACAUUCAAAUCAUGACGCUGAUGUCAGCAAGACUGAUGUCAGGCCAUCUGCAGCGUCUUAGAAGCUGCUUUGUCCACACAGCCUCAGGAGGGGCAUGGAAGGAGAGUUUUGCCGAAGACAUUGACCCCCAGCAGUUUGCCCUUCUGGAAGAGCAGUGCAUCCUGGUUGAUGAGAAUGACACAAACAUCGGUGCUGCUUCCAAACGUGAUUGCCACCUGAUGCAGAAUGGGACUAGUCCUCUCCACAGAGCAUUCAGUGUAUUCCUCUUUAAUUCUUCAGGUGAACUUCUUGUGCAUAGACGGUCAGAUGCUAAGAUUACAUUCCCCGGCCACUACACCAACACCUGCUGCUCACAUCCUCUAUACACACCCAAGGAAAUGGAGGAGGAGGAUGCCUGGGGAGUGAGAACGGCUGCCCAGAGACGCCUGGAGUUUGAGCUGGGCAUUCCCCUUGAGCAGGCACAGCCCAAGGACUUCACGUACCUGACCCGCAUCCAUUACGCCAGCCCCUCCAGCGGUAGAUGGGGGGAGCAUGAGAUGGACUACAUCUUGUUCUUGCGCGGUGACGUCUCAGUGAGCCCCAACGAGAAUGAGGUACAAGAUGUGAGAUAUGUGAAGCGCGAGGACUUCUCGAGGUUUCUGAGCAGCCUGCGGGAGAAUGACGUCCCCAUCACUCCUUGGUUCCACCUCAUAGCUCAGAAAUUCCUGCCGCUUUGGUGGAAGAAUUUGGACAACAUUGGCAAGUUUAUUGACCACCGCCAGAUACACAGGAUGAUAAACUGAUUGGGUCUAGAGUUAAGUAGCGUAUAGGGAGUCGAAUAUUCCAUUUUUAUUUAAUGCAAUAGGCUUAUUUUCUGAUCUGGAUUUUACUAUUAUAAAAUGGUCAAUCUUUUACGUACUUUUCUCUUUUCCUUUUAUAAAGUGUUGAAAUUAAGCACAAAAUUUAAUACAGCCUGACAUUUGUAAUACAGAAAUGCCUCCAGAUACAUGGAAUAAUUUAAUAUGUUAAGUGAAAUAACAGAGUGCAUGGCAAAAAAAACACAUGUGCAGACAUAUAGGGCUAGCACUAUGGGAGGGCAAAAUCCUGGUCCAGUUUAAGGAAUUUAAACUGGCAGAUGAAGAUUAAGACAGUGUAUAGGGGAAAUUAUCCUAUUCUAGAAAAGAGGAAGAGAAUACAACUUAAAAUAAAAGAUAAUAUGUUUGUCUCAUCUGCAACAUCAAGACUUCACCCUAUAUAUACAAGCACCUUCAAGGAUAAUGACAAUAUUGUACUAUACUUAAUAAGGAAACUUUAAUGCUAAAAAUGUUCUUGCUUGUCCUUUGUGUUGUGCAUUGUGAUUCCCCUGUCAAAGGAUCCAGCCUCUCUAACAAGCUUUAAAAUCUGUGAUAAAUAUUUGUGGUCUAUAACGAUUAUCUGCUAGAAAAAGAUAAGUAAUAGAGUUAGUUUGAAACUUUUUCACAAGAAUAAGUAGAAGGGAAAAUAUUUCUAAUACACUUCUGUAAUGCAUGUACUUGACAACACUAUACACUUGGGCACAGUGACACACUCAUAGUUGCAAACUAUAUUGUGGAGCAACUCAUUCUUCAAAUAUUAAUGGUUUAGUGAGAAAUCCCAGGAACAGAAUCUGUCAUACCAAAGACUCCUCUGCUAUUAAGAAAACAGCAUGUAUUAAUUACACAAUAUAACAUUGACUGUCACACUCACUUAACAUGGUGAUAAUUGAAACACACAAAGGUAAAAUAAAACUAUUGCAUGGGA